AUGGCAUCUCUCAGAGCUCAGUCGGCCGCCCGCCUGCUGCACAAUGCCGUGCGACCGCGGAUUGCGCUGGCCACGGUGCCCCGCCGCUUUGGAAGCUCCGUGAACUCGCCCGCCGACGUUGUUCCUGCGAUGCCCGGCGCCGCCAACCAGCCCGACUAUGACGCCCCCGUCGACAAGGCCACCUCAACAUACACUCCGGUCCCCAAGCGUGUGCAGGACGGCACUGAAGACGUCCUCGCGGCCGCCACCAUCUCUGGCGCUCCUAUCGAACUCCAGGCCCGGACAGUCCGCAUCUACAAGGAGACCAAGCCCGCUACACAGUCCGGCGAUUUCAGGGGCGAGCGCUGGCGAAUGGACUGGGACAUCCUGCCCAAGGGACACCGAUGGGAGAACCCGCUGAUUGGAUGGCAGUCUUCGGGAGACUUCAUGCAGGGAACACACAUCAACUUCAAGUCCAAGGAGGACGCCAUUCAUUUCGCAGAGAAGCAGGGCUACGAGUACUUUGUCCAGGAGCCCAACUCGCGAAAGUUCACACCCAAGGCAUACGCAAACAACUUCCUCUACACGCCCGGCAAGUUGAAGCACGUCCGGACAAAGUAA